AUGAUUUCCAAGGCCAAACAUCUCGUGCGUCGCGUCGCAAAACGACCCUCUCGAAUCGCAGUUCCCCUCCUCGUCACUUUCGUCGUCGUCCCUCUCAUCCUCUACCAUCUACUCGCCUACCAUCUCGCCAACCAUCCGCUUCUCGUCUCCCGAGACUUCCGGAAAUCGACCAGCAUCCUCUAUGUCACAGCCCAUCCUGAUGAUGAAUCGCUCUUCUUCAGUCCGAGUUUGCUAUAUCGCAGUGAUGACCCGUCCGUGCCUUAUCUUAAAAACUUCUACCUCGGGAACUGGACUAAUAUAGAUUGUGAAGGUGAUUACGAUGGAAAGGGUCAAACCCGACGAGCAGAACUCAAACGUGCCUGUUCCAGCGCAGGUAUCCCCGCUGACCGAUGCGUCAGUCUCGAUCACUACGAGUUACAAGAUAAUCCGACCCAGUGGUGGAAGGAGGAUCUGAUUUCGGAGCUAGUGGAUGACCACGUGCGACGAUGGAAGGCAGAUCUGAUCGUCACAUUCGACGAUGGCGGAAUCUCCGGACAUAUAAACCAUCGUGCCGUGAACAGUGGUGUGAGGUAUCCACCCCUCCCUCCUUACAGGGUUUCGAUGAGUAAGGAUGAGAAUAACGAGAAUAGAAAAUAUAUCGAAUCCAAAUCCAUCCCCGCAUACGCAUUACAGACCAAAUUUCUGCUUCGGAAAUACGCCGGUCUGGCCGACUUGCUCCCCACAAGUGUGCCGUUCGCGUGGCGCAUCGUCGCGGCUCUGUUCUCGUCUCCCCGGGAUGGAGCGGAUGUGGAUCCGGACCAUGUUCUCCUGGUGACCCCGUGGGGGAAGUAUUUCCAGUCGAGAGAGCUGUUUGCGCAGCAUGCAAGUCAGUAUUCCUGGGAUCGAGUGCUGUACUUGAUUAUCAGUCGGUACAUGUGGUAUAAUGAUCUGAGGAAGUUGUGA